CUAGAUCUAGGAUAGCGUACAAGUGGAACGUUUGUCUGUUAUGUGCAGUUUUAAUUACUAAAAGUACUCUCCCAUGCGCAGAUGCGUGAGACAUGAUUGAAGUGGCCCGUACUCGCACUGUCGCUAACACGACAGUCAAACUCAUACCUGAGCAUGCUGAGUGAGUCAUCCUGGUCAUGACAAUCUCAGUCAUGAUAUUGACAGCCAUGACAGUCUUACUCAUGUCUCAGGACAGUCACAGUCAUGACAGUGGGCCUGUUUGAAAUUUGAGCCCUGUCUGUUUACAUGGUUUAAUGCGGAUCUGUAUCUUGAUCAGUGAUCCUCAAGCUGGUUCGUGCUAUCUGAGAUUCCACAGACCUUAAAAAAUGAGAAUAUGCCGAAGACUUGUGUAAUAUUUCAGUUACCAUGGCAACAGAGUCACCAGUCAUUCUCACUGUGCGUCUCAUCAGAUCCUUUGAGCAUCGCAAUAUCAAACAUGUCGUGUACAAGGACAUCUCAUUGAACAUGACGGUGAAACAGUUAAUUGAAUUUGUCAAAACAGACAUCAAGACAAGAUCGGGACUUCCUCCUCCCUUUAAAACAUACGACUAUGACACGCUCAAGAUCCAGCACAAGAAAUUUGGGGCCAAGACAAGUGAUCCAGCAAUCAACACUGAGAAAGAUGAUGAAUUAAUACUCAAAGAUGGAGCAACUCUCUUGGAAUCCAAUGUUGAGUCUGAAACAGAGUUGUCUUUUUUCAACUGGAAAGACUACGAGAAAUACAAGGAGAAUCCUGUAAUCUCUUGGUAGGCACUUGCUGUCCUCCCUGUUGUUGAUAUUAUAACUAUCGGUACUUUGACAUUUAAAAUAAAAAUUGCCAAAGGGUAUGUGUUUACAAUAAGUCUCACUGCAAGGCAGUCCUCAGUGCCUUGCUCAAUAGCACUGACGUUUGCAUCGGUAUCAAACUAUGGGCAAUGAUUACAUCAUGAAAGACUCAUUAAAAAGUUUGGCACUGCAUAGCUACAUGUAGAUCACUUAUUCAAGGAGAUGAACUUAUCAUUCCCUGAAAGUUUUUCCUCCUUGCAUUCAAAGGGCACUGUCCGCUGAUGUACGUGCGAGAGCACUUCUCUGUCAUAGGGUCCGUUAAUCCCGCAACCUCCCCCAAACCCCUCCAACUCUCCCCCCAGGCUUUUUAUAAAACCUCACAGACAGGGAUUUCAAAUAUGGCGUGAAUGACGCGAUAAUCGGUGGAUUUAUCAAAUGUCACUCUGUCGCUGCGGCAAUCGGUCAAGUAUGAGCACGGUCAGUGGAUCAGACCUGGGAAAAGGAAUCGCUUGUUGAAACUGAUCUCCCUCGCCAUAUUUUGGCCCCGCAGUAAUGUAAAUAGCAGCUGUUUCUGUGUAGAAAUAAAAAAGCAUUGUGACCCUGUGACUAAAUUAGGCCAGUGGGUCAAAACAAAUUUAUGCUCUGGUAGUGAAUUUUGCUUUUAAAAUUAAGUGAUAGCUUUGGUACAGGCCACAGUUAUUUACAAGGAAAGACAAUGCAUGCCUACGAAUUGUUCUACACUCAACUAUUAAUCAGUCAUGGAAAAGAGACUUAUGAAAUGUGUCAGUAAAGUUUAAAUUAGAAUUUGUCUUAUAGAAAGUCAUAUUUAUUAAAUGAAAGACUUGAAUUUUCAAGGGCAUUAUUUUUGUAAACCUGCCCGUCCACUUUCUCUCCAGUUUCUGACACCUAGUUUGUUUGUUUACAUGAUUGGGGAGCAGAGCAGAAUAAAGGUAUUCAAAUUUUUCACCAGAAUUUAAAAGAAACAUUUUAAAGCCUGAUAACUAAUUGAGUUACUCCCAAGGUUGAAAAACUGCUGGAAAAGAGUCUACAGAUGCCAUCAUUUUCUCAUUUGAGUCAGACAGACAGCAAAGCAAGAAUGUUUCAUGUAUGGAAUUACAACCAGAAACUCAACUUCAAAAAUCGAGAUCGAGGAAUGGUCCAAGCUAGGGGAAAGAUUUCCAGUCACAGGUCUCACAAACCUUCUCCCAACCCAAUGUUUAAUUCACCCUGGAUUAAAAAAGGGGAGGAUGUGGGUGGAACAUUUCUGAGUCAGGUUCCCAUGGGGUCUGUAAACUGUUGUUAUUCGUGACUGCCCAUGUUUUGUCAGGAUAGAGCAACUAACACCUUUCAUCCCCAGAUGUGCCUAUCCGUCCGUCCUCACCUUCCUAUGAUUUCAUAUCUUUACAUUCCAACAGUUCAUGUCUUUGGUUUUCAUCCCUGAAAGCCAUGCCCUCCUCUUUUUUUUUUUCCUCUUUUUUUUUGACAUGGAAAUCUCCUUGAAGAAAUUUCACCAAACUUCAAAGCACUCACAUACUGUAACUAGUCUGCACUCUAAACAGCUUAUGUUAUUCAUAUGAUUUGAGCAUAGAGCAGGUUUUCCUUAAUCUGUGAUUUAGAUACUUAAAGCAUACCGAUACAGUGUGGAAGCAUUUUAGUUGGCAAGAAAGCAAGUUACCAGUCCAACAAAAUCACAAAGCAUACAUUUACACGUAUAUUUGCUUCACUAAGUUUACCUUGUUCUUAAAGCUUCUUAACAAUUUAAUAAAGCAACUGUGCACAAAAUGUGCUUAGCAGAGAAAAUGUUUUCUUAGCAGUAGUAGGCUUCCCGCCAAAGUUUCUUACUCUGCAUACUAGUUGCAACUACUAAGGAAUUAGGUCAAUUUCUGCUUAUGGAAGUGGAGAUAGACGAGAGACCUUAGAUCUCAACUGCUAAGCAGACAGAUUUCCUGAGCAAGCAUGUAUUUGCUCGGCGAGUGUAGGGUGCUAGCUAAUUCAGAUUGUCAUGUAUUGCGUGCUUGUGGCUGGUGCCCCAUCAAUUUCACUUUCUACUCAAUUCUGCUGAGCAGCUAUUUUGAAGCUGCUAGCAAUAUCGAACCUGACUUUAAAGAGCCAAUCCUUUUCUGUGCCUGAAGUUCAGUAUAACCAGCCCCAGAUGCCUGGGUUCAAGACAUCCUAUUUCUCCGUAACCCCUCGUCUAGGAUAUUCAAUUUGAAAAGCAUCCCGCCCCUUUGAGUUGGUAAGACUUCCAAAAUCAGCCUCCCUGGCAUUCCUCUCACUUUGACAUCGUCUUACCUUUAAUCUCCAUAGCCAGCGAAACAAGUUAUCCUGAGAAGUGCACUUUUUUGCACUAAAUGCAGAGUCAGAGAUGAACAAGAACAGGAUUUGAACCACUAAUCCCUUAAAUAUAGUAAAGACAGUUGAUCAACUGAGUUAUCUUGCUCUUUGUUGUUGGGAUACCAACUAUUUCAAUGCCUUCAAUUUCCUCGUCGGAUGUCUGUGUUACGGAAUGAAGAUAAAGCGUGAUACACAUUUGUGUCUCACUGAAACAGCAGAAUUAGUUGCCUGAUACGGCUGGUCGCAUUUUGUUUCGUAGAUGAGCCCAGUUCGUGAUACGGUGAAACCAAAGUGGAAAAUGAAAUGCUUUCUUGUCUGCCAACUUCAGAACCACUCAGGGAUAAAAAUUGGCAUUGCACUAUUUCACCCCUCUCCCUUCUGCCCCAGAAUGCAUUCAUCUCUUGCCUCUUGUAAACACAACUGACUCCCGUUUGAAAUGUUUGUGAAGAGAGUUAUUGCUGGCCAUGAUUUUUUUUCCACCGUGGUGCCAACGACUUCUGGAGUUUAUAACCUAAAACAGGUAAUUGAUGAAAAGUUAGAACCACCUUUGAGGUCCAGAGAGCAGAGCCACGAGCACAGAGUUUGCACCUUUGGUCUUGUCGGUCACAGCGGUAACACCUAAUCCCAUUGUUCAGAUCAUUGACGUAGCUUCCUAAACUAAGCUAAGUUUUGUUUCCAAGCAAUAAUUUUGUUAAUCCUGCCCCUUCUUGCUGCGGGGGGUGUUGGGAAUGGCAUCAAAGUGUUGAAAACCAGACAUGGACUGGAAGAUUUUACCUGGUAGCGUGGAUUGUGUCUGAAUUUUCAGUUGAUCUUUUCUGUGAUAAGGAACAAGACUUAUACCAUUGGUCAUAUUAGCCUGGCGUUAUUAUAUGCAGUGGGUUUUUGUUUGUGUGUUUGUCUGUUUGUUUGUCGGGUUGUUCGUUUGUUUGAAAAGCUAGUGCAGCGUGAGCAUUACAAACCAGGAACGCAGCAUUCUUAACUUUCUUCACAAAUUUCAUUUUGUAUUUUAACCUUUAGAGUGAGUCAUACUUUUUCUUCAGUGGAAAUUUUGCUUGAACCAAUAUGAGAGCCAUGUGCUCCAACUCUGUAAAAAUUGUAGAACAGGAAUUAAAGAGUGUCAUUCCUCCUCUGUACCCGA